AUGUCCCGUGUCGCCUUCGUCGCCGGUGCCGUCCUGCUCCUGGGCGCCAGCUGCUUCGUGCUGCCGGGCAGCACUCCAAGCAGCGCCCCGGAGGUGCAGGUCUCCACCGGCCGCUCGGCGGGCGCUGCGGCGCCGGAGGCGGAGUCCACGACCGCGGCCUUCAGCCCGCUUGCCCUGGGUGCCGCCCUCGGCUUGCUGGCCGCAGUGGUGGGCAGCCGUCCGGCUUUGGCCGCGGACCUCGAGAACGGCGAGGCCAUCUUCAACGGCAACUGCACCGCCUGCCAUGCCGGCGGGAACAACAGCAUCGUGGCCGAGAAGAAGCUGAAGCUCGGAGUGGCGUCCGAUGUUGGCCACUUUGUAGGUCUUAACUGGCGUUUGCCACAAGGCACUUGCAAGGGGAAGAAGGAGGCCCUGGUGCAGUACGGCAAGUACGACGUGCAGGCCAUCAUCACCCAGGUCACCAACGGCAACGGCGCCAUGCCGGCCUUCGGUGAGAAGCUCGGCCCCGAUGACAUCGAGGACGUGGCCAACUACGUCUACAACAAGGCCGACAAGUGGUGA